UACGUAAUAUAUCAACACAUUACGAGGAAUCUCAUGUCAACAACAAAUCUUGGCUUUUCUGCAAAAUCACAGAUAGCUCUCUGUGAGGUCGAGGUUUUUGGUUGUCCCCUUGGUUUCUAUGGUGGGAAUUGCUCUAAGCCGUGUCCUAUCAACUGCCAUCACUGUAGUAUUCUCACCGGACUGUGUCUUGGAUAUUGUACUCCCGGCUACGACGGUCGUUAUUGUGAUCAUUUUAAAAGAAUCAAUAUGGCUCUGCAUCGUCCGACUUUUCAAAUGACAUCGAUUAUUGAUAAGCAUCAAAGUGAUAGACUAGUUGAUGGUAAAGUAUUAGCUGGUAUUAUCACUCAAGGAGUAUGCACCUCGACCAAGGAGAACCAAGUUUUUGCUAUGUGGGUAGUGAAUUUGCAGAGACCUAGACGAAUUGAGCGCAUUAGUGUGUUUUCAAGAACGGAUAAUAAGACAUGGGAUGCAAACAACGGUUUCACAAAAAGGCUUUUGGGAUUUUCCAUCAUUGUAUCUAAUACAACUGAUCGUCGAGACGGCGUCGUCUGUUUUCAAGAUACACACUACACGGCGUCUACCAUUCCAGAUGAGGUGUUAAUAUAUUGCUCUGUGAUUGGUCAGUACGUCUUCUACUACAAUGAAAGACUCCCUGGGAUACAUUAUCCACAGGAUUACAGUAAAUAUGCACAUGGCGACCUCUGUGAGAUUGAAGUUUCAGGUUGUCCUAUCGUCGAAUAUGGACAGGAUGAUGCUGAAUGCACAAUUCCAUGCUUUGCCAUGUGUUCAACCUAUCUGGAGAACUUGAGCUAUAAAAAACGCACAUGGCAGUCCUCAACCUAUGAUAAGUUGUAUUCGAGCGAUAAAGCUGUCGACGGGUUGAAAUCCCGCCAUUAUAGCGACGGUCAGUGCACAAUCACAAGCCCAGAUCAGAGUAUUACGUGGUGGGUGAAUCUGCAGAAACAGUACAGGAUUAGCUUCAUUAACCUGUAUUUCAGGACGGAUAAUUCUACAGCACUUUUCAGGAGUACGUUUGCGCCAUAUUACCUCGGGUUUGCAGUGUACAUUUCGAACACGGCCGACAAAGAUGACGGUAUAUUGUGCUAUAAAGACCCUGGGUUUACUAAAUAUACUUUACCGGAUCACUUGACCAUAAAAUGUGAACACAGUGGGAAAUACGUCAUCUACUACAAUGAACGUCGGCCUGGGGUCUAUUACGGGCCUGAUUAUCGUCACAAAGCUUUUGGGGAUUUGUGUGAAGUGGAGGUUUAUGGAUGUCCAAGUCCUGUGGCGGAUCUAGCGGAAUGUUCAAAGCCCUGUCCUUCUAAUUGUGAGACAUGUUAUCCCAGCACAGGUUUUUGUACAAAAUGUAAACCUGGAUUCGAGGGUUCGGCGUGUGAAGUAGUGUGUGAUGCAAUGAAUAAAGCAGUGAUAACCACUGACGGUUUUUAUAACGGUUCUUUCAACGAGAUGUUUACUUCCAAUGGACAGACAUUUCUACCCACGCACAGUGGCUACGCACGUUUUAUUUUGACUCUCUCGGGAAAGGCCACAAACAUUGCAAAGGUGUCUUUCACUAUCCAUAAGGCAUUUAACGUGAUUGUGGCAUUUACAAAUGGCACACAAAAUUUUACAAGACUUUAUUAUGACCAAUUCACAGGAGAAGAACAUUGGAAUGUCGAUGUAUUAAACGGAUUUAUGUCUAGAGUUCAUCUAGUUCGAAUCACAGUCGGCUACACCGUUCCCUUAACCAUUUCGAAUCUGAGGCUUCCUUUGCGGUCUUGCUUUGAAAAUGAUGAGACGGUAAAUAAUUUACAGAGUAAUUUAAACGAACAUUUUACUUUUAAGUUGACUUUGUAAAGUGUAAGAUACCGAAGACUGUUUAGUAA